AUGAAGCUCAAUUUCACCACCCUCGACGUCUUUACAACAGCGCGCUACAAAGGCAACCCACUUUCCAUCAUCUCCGUCCCCUCCUCCCUAAAACCCAGCCUCACACAGACCCAAAAACAAGCCAUAGCCCAAGAAUUCAACCUCUCUGAAAUCGUAUUCCUACACCUCCCUCCCCCAGAUGCCGACUCAAACGCCAAUGCCGAGAGGGAAAUCGACAUAUUCACCUCCCACGCCGAAGUACCUUUUGCGGGCCACCCUACAGUCGGAACAUCGUACUACCUCCUCAGGAACCUCUCCGGAGACGGAAAGAAUGUAAAAACACUCAUCACGAAAGCGGGACGGAUCCCCAUCUCCCUCUCGGAGGCAGAUGGUACGAAGGUCCAGGCUUUAGUCCCGUUCGACUUCCACAUCCACGCUCUUAAAUUCUCCACCCCUUCAACUCUCGAGGGUACCAAUAAGAACAAUCCCGUGGUCUCGAUAGUAAACGGGAUGUCCUUCGUCCUCGUUUCCCUACCUUCUCUCUCAGCUCUAGAAAAUGCGCUGAAAUCUGGCAAUCUAACGGGGAAGGAUACUACCUAUGACCCGUCUGCUCUUGAUGAGGGAUGGAGGAAUGGCCUUAUCGGGACGAUGUAUUUCGUCUCCGUAGGCGAGGAGAAUGGGGAGAGACGGUACCGCACGAGGAUGUUUGCGAGUAGGGAGGAUCCUGGGACUGGGAGCGCGAGUUCGGGGUUGGCGUGUUUCCUUGCUCUUGAGAGUGCGAAGGCCAGAGGGGUGGGUCAGAGGACAACAGAGAGGUUUGUUUUUGAGCAGGGUGUUGAAAUGGGACGGCGGAAUGAGAUUACUGUGGAGGUCGAGGUUGACGGGGGAGAGGUUAAGAAGGUGCUUUUGAGUGGCGCGGCGGUGCAGGUUAUGGAGGGGAGUUUGGAGGUAUGA